AUGCAAGAUAACGAAUCCCUAAGGGAGUUCGUGAAACGGUUUGGUCAUGCCGUACUUCAGGUAGAGGCUUACAGUAUGGAUGUUGUCCUGCAGAUCUUCAAGCGAUGCAUCUGUCCAGGCACUCCAUUUUUCGAAUCACUCGCUAAAAAGCCUCCAACAACGAUGGACGACUUGUUCAGACGUGCAAACAAAUACUCAAUGCUCGAAGAUGACGUACGAGCAGCUACCCAGCAAGUCUUGGUUGCUGGACAGGCAUCUAGAAGUGGCGCGGAUAGAAAUGCCAAACUUUCGGACCGGCCAAGGCUGUCCUAUCGAAGGCAGGAAGGGCCAGGUCGCCCGGGAAGACCGCCCCUCACACCUUUCUCCAUAUUAUAUGAGAAACUUCUCCCCAUGAUCCAAGGCAUGUCCGACUUCAGGUGGCCUAGACCCCUCGAAGCGGAUCCAUCCAAAAGAAAUCAUAGCAAAAAAUGUGUCUUCCACAAGGAGCAUGGUCACACAACGGAAGAAUGCGGGUGCCUCCAUUAUUUAGUCGAAAGGCUCAUAAGGGCGGGACACUUAAAGCAAUACCUCUGCUCAGAUGCCGGAGGUAAAAACACUUCUCAAAACCACAACACUGGAGCCCCCAAGGCCCCAGCCGCCCCCAAAGCCGUUAUAAACUAUAUUAACGGAAGCCCAUCUGACGAGGAGUAUGACUCCAAACGAAAAAGACAAAAGUUGUUGCGGGUUGCAUCGGUACGCAAGUGUAUCAACUCCAUCCGGCCUAGGAUAUCUGGAGGGGGGCCCCGCCUCAUAGAUGGGACAAUUAUUUUUCCACCAAUAGACCCCACCCGGAUAUUGCAUCUGCACCGCGACGCCCUCAUCCUGUCCCUAGAGAUAGGAGACUUCGACGUGAGGCGCAUCCUGGUCGACCCAGGCAGCUCAGCCGAUCUUGUACAAACAUCGGUCAUUAGCCACAUGGGACACAGUCUCACAGGCCUCGAAAACCCUGGGCUAAUCCUAUCCGGAUUCAACGGGUCGUCAACUACGUCCUUGGGAGACAUUGUACUGUCCGGCGGACAAGGAUCCCCCGGCAGCGGAUCCCUUGCAAACAAUCCAAAUUUCAGAAGAAGGUGCUCACCUUACGAAUAUCAGUUCCCUCCUGACACCGGAAGAGACCCAGAAUAUGCAGAACGCCCUUAG